UUUGGUGAUUUUUUUUAUGGAAUGGCUGUACUCUAUUAUAAUUCGUGGUUCAUUGAUGGGAAUGUGAAUCUUGUUUGCUUUCGAUAUGAUAAAUGUAUGUGUGGCAGUAGUUCGCGGGAUAUGGAUACGAGGUGUAAUCGUAUCGAAUUUUAACCUAAAUAUCGUGCUAUUAUUGUAAAAUGGAUUCGUCGUCGCGUAAUGAUCUAAUAAAGACCAUCGAACGUUACCAAAAUAGUAUACAGCUUGUUAAUCCUCCUGACAGAGACGCACAACGAGUACUGCAUUAUGUCCGCAAACUAUCCAAAUUGCCUAUAAAAUUAGAAGAAUUGGAGAAAACCGGCGUUGGAAAGACGAUCAAUGCUUUACGCAAAUGUCAAGGUACGGUCGGAGACGAAGCUAGUUUACUCGUGGGUAAAUGGAAAGCUAUAGCGAAGAAACAAGUCCACGAAGAAGAAUUGGCUUCGCGUAAACGGAGUGAUGCAGAUUCACAUUCAGAUAAUCAAUCGCCUGGUAGCGAAUAUAGUUCCAAUGUUGUUAAAUCCAGUAAAAAAAUUAAAUCAGAUGAUGAAAAACCAAUCAAAGAGUCGAAGCCUAAAUCUUCCAAGGAUAAAGUUCAAAAUGGUAAAGAUUCGAGCCACGAUAGGAAAAGGAAACAUUCGCACGAUAAAGAUAAACACGAAAGAAAGGAGAAAUACGUUAAAGUGGAACCCAGUAGCGAUUACGAAGAUGAAAAUGGGCUAGACGAACCUCGUGUUGAUAAAGAAAGCUCGCGUAAAUCAAUCAAAGUCGAAGACAAGCAUCGUGAUAACGAUAAGAAGAAAAAGAAAGAGAAGCCGGACGAGAACAAUGUGACGAAAAAAGAAAAAGAACAUGACAAGAAGCAUAAGUCGAGUAAACAUAAAGACGAUAAGAAUCAUCAUCGACAUCAUUCAUCGAAAAGCUCCCAUACUGAGAAGAAACACGAUUCCAAAUCAGACUCGGAAAAAUACCGCGAACGAAGCGAUAAGAAAAAAGAUUCGUCAAAAAGUUCGCACGAUAGUGAUAAAAAAUCUAGUAAAAGUUCGCGAAAAGAGAGUCAUAAAUCCAGUUCGAAGUAUUCGUCCAAGGAGCCCAGUGUAAGCUACGUUAAUAAUCACGAUUCCGAUAGCGACGAUUACAACGGUUCGCCUACGAAUCAUACCGACGAUGAUUUCGGUGCUGCGUUACUUGGUAUUCCGCUGGCUGUCUCACCUGCCAAGAAAAGAGAUACUCCUUCGAAAUAUUCCAGUAGUAUUCAAAGCUCUCCUGCUUCACCUCUGAAUAGUGGAAGUGAUUUCGAUGUUUUAUCAAAUAGCGUAAAACUAGAACCAUUAGAUGAUCUCGAUCUAGAGAAAUUAAAAGCUGAUACCUGUAUUACGAAAGAUGAUAUAAUACGUCAACGAAGCAACCUCAGGUUAAAGGAAAUAUCCGAAGAGGAAGCUCUAAAUUCGAUGACAACGACAAAGAAUCAGAGAACCAAAGUAUUUUCCGGCUGUAAAAGCAGAAUCAGCGUUAAAUUUCCAACUCUUUUCGAAUUGUGCGUUAGAAUACUACAGGAUAAUUUCGAUAGUCUCGAGUUCACUGGAGGUGUUCCAUUCGAUGUUUUAAAACCCAUUUUAGAAAAAGUUACUGCUGAACAGUUAGGUAGAUUUGAACAUUAUAAUCCUUAUUUAAUCGGCGAGACCGACGAACUAUGGGCGUACCACGUGAAAAAACAUUUUAGUCGUGCCAAAAGACUGGAGCUUGAAUCAUGGAGAGAUGUAUAUAUGAGAUGCGUCGAUGAACGUGAAGAAAAGUUACAAUCGUUAACAGAGAACAUUUCGCAGUCAAUGGCUAACUCAGCACCAGUUCGUAAGACGAAACUGGCAUAUUUAGAUACGCACGUUAAACCUCCUAGAAAUGUGGCUAGAAGUCAGGCUAAACACGGUACUGCUAAUUGUUCAGUCAAGAAAUCAUCACCAAAAAGUUCUCUAUCACCUUCAGCACCUGGUGGGCAGUCGGUGAAAGAACGAUUAGCUCAAGAGAGCUUGAAUGCUCCUCAGGCAGUUACUUUAGCGUCUCCGAGGAAUCAAUUGGUUAAAAAGAAGAAAGCCCCAUUGAUGCAAAAAUCACUCCAAUUAUUAAAGGGCUUGAAACGUUGAUUCAAUGUAUGGACGAGAUUAGCCAAUUUUUAAUUACGCGUAUUAUCUUUUAUUAUUCUAAGUGUCACCUCGAGAAGUGAAUUAUGUUGGUGUAUUGAUAUUUUCUACUCUGCUGGUAUCUCCCCCUCCCGUUUUCAUUCAUUCUUAUAUUAUUAUUCUUACUUUGUAAGAAUUUUAUAACUUAUUUUAGUGAUACACCCGAGAGGUUUUUUAAAAGAAAUAAUUUUGAACCGAUUAUUGUACUGUGAAUUCAAGACGAUAUUUUUUUCCUACGCCCGAUUACCAAAAUAGUUAUUUUUUUUCAUGUAAUUUAUUUGUUUUUUUUUUGUCGUGAAAACGUUGAUAGUUUUCAAUGUAUUGUUCGUUAACAUGAUCGUGAUUUUUGUUCAGUGAAUGUGCAUUUUAAUGUUUUUAUCAUAUACGGCGUCGAUAUCACCGAGAUUGUUUUUAUUCGUGUAUAAAGUUUGAUUUUAUUUGUAAAUUUGCAUGUUUAUAUUAUUCAUUCGAUUGAACGUACCCAAAUUUUGUUCCUUCUUAUCGCGAUAUUUUUUUUCUUCUUAAUCGUGAAACGAAAUUAUAACUUACACAAUGAGAUGUGAUGAGAUUUUGUAGCACGAGGAGAUACACGUUUUGCGUGCCAAUUCGUACGUGAAGAUGUACCACUUUGACGACACCUAAGUUGUUGAAAUGAUGAUGGUUAAUCAUGUAUCUUGUUGAUUUGACGUCAGAGUGGUAAUGUACGUCAUCAUGCAAGAUUGGGUAUUUUUAUACGAACGGCUGCUGAUUUGAUAAUGUUUUUAAAAGAUAUGUUCAUUCGUAGGCAGUUGUCUUGGUAAUAAGAUUAUAUAAGGUGUUCCAAAAAAUAAAGCUUUGGUCAUUUUUUAA